AUGCAUAAACCUUCGGUUUCACAGCUCGUCUACAGUGCCCUCUACCCUAAACCUCGCCCCAACGAUCCGAUGAACUUCGGAUCCCACAUCACCAGAAACCUCGUCCCCGAAGUUCGCGCUGAAACCUCUAGAUUUUACGGAACCCUCGAUUGCAUCGAGGCACAAUACCCCGGCCUAGACUAUUCGUUCCCACCACAUAGAAUGAGACUGGGCCGAUUCUACCACCAUUCGAAGCUGUUCAGGGCGUUUGACGACCUAGGGCUGACGGAAGAUGAAAUAGCGUCACUUUGUCGGUGGGAAGGCACAAGAUCCGCUAAAGAGCGCUAUGAGAGAGAGGAAAGAGUGCGUGUGAGAGACACUACGGCAGAUGGUAUCUUUAUUUCAAGCCCGACCAUCCCGCCAUCAAUUCUUGUUCACCGAUGGAGCGAAGAAGAGAGCCUCCCAACCUUGCAGUCGGCCCCGCUGGCACAUAAUGUGGAACCCCACGGAUCAGACUCGGUCCAAAGCGACACGACAGCUGAGGAGAGUAGCGAGGAUGAGCUGGAAGAAAGCGUUGGGUUUGCCCUCAACCAGCACUUGCUCGAGGCCACAGCGGCCAGAGAGCGAGGAGCAGAUGUACCCCUUGACGAUGUCUGGGAGCAAUGGCUCAAGGACGCAAUCGAGCGUGGUAGCUACGAAGACAUACUCCACACGAUCAGGGAGGGCUCGGUGGAUUUUUCGAGGGCAUUCACAUCGCCCACUUCAAUUUACGGAAACAACAGUGCCGGUGCCCGCCAAGUCGGACCGCGGCUCAUGCCGGCACCCAAUACAGCCCUGGCCUCUGGGUUUGACGUUUCGGAUCCGUCGGUUGGCCCUUCGCCAAACCCAAGAUGA